CAGUCAAGCGUACCAAACGAUGGGGAUUACGAUGAUUUACCUGAGUCCUCCAGUGAAAAUGGAGAAGCUGGCGAUUUACCACCACCAUCUGACAAAGCUGGAGAUGCCGAUGAUCUACCUCCUUCUGAUAAAGCUGACGAGGACGAUGAUCAACCAUCGUCUUCUGACAAGUCUAAAGAGAACGAUGAUCUACCGCCGCUCCUUGAUAAAACUGCGAAGGACGAUGAUCUACCAUCGCUCUCCGAUAAAACCGGAGACGAUGUUCUACCACCGCCCUCCGUUGAAGUUGAAAUAGCUGAUUAUGACGAUAUAGUUAGUUAA